AGUUAUUUUUUGAACAUCUGAUUGGACAGCUGUGUUGGAACGUCAGCCACACACGGAACCGUCGCUGUUUAAUGACGAAAGCGACCUGGAUUGAAAUAUGGCCGAACGCGAAGCAUUGGAAAGGGAGAUAGAGAAGUUACAAAACCUUAUUAAGGACCACAAGAGAGUUCAUGGUGAUGCCCCGUCAAGUUCAACUCGGGGAUUUUCUACAAAACGUGGCCUGGGAAGGGGUCAGGGUCACAACCCAUAUUACGCCACCUCAUAUUCACAUCAGCCGCAGCCAUAUGCACCUCACUCCUCCAGCCAAUGGAAGAAAAAAUACUCACUCAACAACAAGACCACCAGAGCUCCUGGAGGAAGAGCCUCACAGAUUUCUGAGCCGAAUCUAAACAAGACCGGACAAGUCAAGGGUGCGGCACCUGAUGCUUGCUCUCUCUCUGGUGUCAGUAAGGUUUUACACGAGGGGACGCAUAAGGCAAGCACGGUGCCUUCAUGCAGCGUCAUGGGAAAGGAGUCAUCACGAGGGAAUAACAGAGUCCCAGCUGAUGGUGGGGACAGAACAGUAUUAAAACCAAGGACUAAUAUUGAGUCCAUCACAGACCUGUCAGAGUCGGCUUUAGUAAAGUGUGGACAACAGAGUGGACUUGAUGGGAAGAUGAGACAAAGUGCAACAUCAGAUAUAAGGUGUUCAGCUACUUCAGCUGUUCUUUUAUCUGAGGAGUCCAGUGCCUUUAACAAAAAGCGGACUGCACUGCCCCAAGUGAAAUCCUACCUCACAAGGACUGUUUCAAGUAAUAGGACUGUAAUAAUGGCUACUAAAGACUUACCAACUCUGACUUCCUCUGUGCCUACAGCGAAAGUUAGGCUUAAAGCAGAUUUGGCUCCAGAGAUUCAGGCAGCUUUGUCUCCUCAUAAGACAUCUCGGUUUACCUGGGUGAAGAGCCAAGAGACGGAGACCAGCCAACCAAGAUCAGAGAUCCACCAGUUUCCACCAAGCUCAGUUUCAGCGUCUACUGCUUCUCCAGUGGUGGCCAAACACACCCACACUUCUAGCAAGAAGCUUCAUCGCAAGCUCAGUUUUUCCCCCAGCACCCCUAGGACCUCGAAGUACUCUUGGGUGUCGUCCUCCUGUUCCCCUACAGCAGCUGCCAAAUCAGCCAUAGCUAAACUCCCGCACAAGCUCUUUUCACCCAAAGCUCUUAAGGUGCCUGGAAAAACAGCAAAGGAGGGACUAGAAGGCAAGAAACUCACCACUACCGCUGUCAUAUCAAAGAGGGCUAAAGUCAGUGGAGGUGCUUCUACAUCUCACACGAGCCACGGCAGUCGCUACCGCUGGAAGGCAGUUGCAGCAACCUCCACCGCGGUUGUGCGGGGGACCACGCCGAGGUCUUCUCGAAAGAGCUCAGUGUACCGAUGGACUGCGCAGAAGGACGAGAAGGAGUCGGCAUCACCGGCAUCUCGAGUCCAGCACAGUCCUUCCACUCCUCUGCCUAGCAGUGGAUUCAAGCUGAGGAGCAGAACCAAGAUCAUCAGGCGAUGCAGCAACAGUCCUACUUCAGAGAGGAGACCUAGUGUCAGUGUGGUGACCGUCAGGAGUCGGUAUUCACUGCGCAGGAGGACACACAUCUCUGUUAAGACCCCCAGCAUGGUCAGAAAAGGCCACUCCAGAGUGCUCGUCUCUUUGGGCAGGCAUAAACUUCAGCGUCUUUCUCCAUCCAGCUCCGUCACUGCUCCAUGGAGCUCAAAAACAGGCCCAUUCUCUCUGUCAGUACGGAAUCCGGCAUCUCACAGGGUCAUUAAAACCCGCUACAAGAUUGACACACGUAGGGCACACCUCCAGCACCACAACGCUGCCCUCUCCUACAGAGCCAAGAGAGUCCAGUCAGCUAGAUUUCUGUUGCAGUCCCGUCUGCGUGCGACCCCAGACAGGCAGUGGAGAGGGCGGGGCAUGAGGUGGAUUGGCGGGGCGCUCUACAGAGUCUCGGCCAAUAAGCUUUCCCGCACACACACUCCUAGCACCCCAUCCAACAGAUCAGGAAAGUUGUUCAGUCCUCAAGAAGUAUCCUCUGGCAGCAGCACAUGUAGGACCUCCAACACACGGCAUGUGGCCAGUCGGGCGGUGCAGAAGAGUCUGGCCAUCAUUCGCCAGGCUCGGCAGAAGAAACAGCAGGCCAAAAACUACUGCAUGUACUACAACCGCUUUGGCAAGUGUAACCGUGGCACAGCCUGCCCCUAUAUCCAUGAUCCUGAUAAAGUUGCCGUUUGCACAAGGUUUCUUAGGGGCACGUGUAAGCAGACAGAUGGGACGUGUCCAUUCUCACACAAAGUGUCCAAAGAGAAGAUGCCUGUGUGUUCAUACUUCCUGAAAGGAAUCUGCAACAACAGUAGCUGCCCCUACAGCCACGUCUAUGUGUCUCACAAAGCGGCCGUGUGUCAAGACUUCAUCAGGGGCUACUGUCCUCAGGGAGAGAAGUGUAAGAAGAAACACACGCUCGUGUGUCCAGACUUCUCCAGAACUGGUGUGUGUCCCCAAGGGACUAAGUGUAAACUGCUGCACAGACAGAGGCUCAAGCGUGCCGGAUCCAGCCUGAGCUCGGGCUCAGGUAAAAGAGCCCGCAGCCGAGAAUCAACAAAAAGUCCCAGGCCAGAACCAGAGUCCACUCCAGCAGAGGAAGGCACACCUAAGACUGGUCCUGCAAAGCUGCCCUCCUUCAUCUCUCUGUCCAGUUCCCCUGAGACGCCAGAGGGUGGAGUGAGCCCUUCAUGCCCCCCAGGAGCAGGGGCAGAGGGCACAGGCAAGAAGCUGCACAUCAAGCCUCGCUUCUAGAGCCAAAACUGAUGCUGAAAACCCUCUGCAGUCCCUUCCACACACAGAUGAUGGUUAAUCAGCCGGAAUGCUCUGGCUCAACUGUGGCAAGUUUGUGACUGCCAGAAAAUAUUCAUAAAAUGCUUCCAAAUUAUUAAUUACUCUACAUGUUACAGUGCUUACUGUAAUUAUACAGAAUUACUGUAUAAUUACUGUAUAAUUACUGUAUAAUUUGGCAUAGAAUAGACCAGAAAUAUGCUUGGUACUGCAGGUAAGUGAUAAAUGUCCGGCUAUUUGACUCCUAGCGUGUCUCAAUCUGGAGAGUUUAGUCACCAGGCUUUUUUUUGGUUUUAUUACUAUUUUGACUUGAUAUUUAACACAUUGCAGGUGCCUUUUUUGAGGUAGUGCAUCUCAGGGACUUUUGUUGUGCAUGUGUCACUUUUAAAACAUUUAACACAUAAUUUCAGCCAUUUGUAUUAGAGAAAAUUGUAUUUUAUUGCAUAGUAUUUAAGUUUGUGGUUUUAUUUGUACUUUAAAACAAAAACCUAAAAAUUUCCCAUUAAAGAUGUAAA